CUUGACUGAGGGACCUUACAAUCAACUGUAUGUGUGGGGUACAGAGAUUAUGUAGUCAUUCAACAUUUUUGUAAAACACUAUUAUUGCACACCGUGACUCCAUGCAUCUUAUGUGACUAGUUGAGCAAAUGUUUACUCCUGAACUUAUUUAGGCUUGCCAUAACAAAAGGGUUGAGUACUUACUGACUCAAUACUUUUCAGCUUUUCAUUUUUAAUUAAUUUGUAACAAUUUCUAAAAACAUCAUUCCACUUUAAAAUGAUGGGGUAUUAUUGUGUAUGUAGGCCAUUGACAAAUCUAAAUGUAAUCAAUUUUCAAUUCAGGCAGUGUAACAACAAAAUGUGGAAAAAAUCAAGGGGUGUGAAUACUUUCUGAAGCUACUGUACUUCAAUUGCUAGUCAUUAAAACCCAUGCACUUAAAAAAAAUAAAAGUUACACUAUUUGCAGAGCCUUACAAGUAUUCAUGCUAAUUCCUCUUUCGGGUUAUUUUAGUCUUCUACUCAUAUCCUCUGGAAACCCUGAGGAGAUUGAACAGACCUUCAAUUACCUAGAUAUAGAGGGGAUCACUAGUAACAAGCCCACUCAGUUGUUGUUGGAGUAUGACCGAGGCCAGCUGUCCCUGAAGCUUGGCUCUGUGGAGGAUGUGGAUGAGGUGGUGGCCCACAUUGGGAGCUGUCUACACAGAAUCUGUCCAGGCCUCUCCCCAGCGAAGGCAAUGAAGAAGUUGACCCUGAAGCCUCCUGAGAGGACGGCCGUCCUACAGUCUCUCUGGGAGGACCAGGCCACCACAGACCUAGGGCCAUGUGGUGGUUUCUCCCACAUGUACUGGUGUCUCUGUGACCAGCUGGGUCUGCCAUUCAGAGAGGAGGUGCAGUGGGAUGUGGACACAAUCUAUCAGACCCAGGACACCAGAGAACUGAACCUGCAGGAUUUUGUACAUCUUGAUAACCGAGAUUUGGUGGCCAUCAUUGUGGUCCUAGAGUAUAACCAAUGGUUCACCAAGCUCUCCACAAAGGACUACAAACUGUCCACAGAUGUGUGUGAACAAAUUCUGCGAGUUGUGGCCCGCUCCAGUCGCUUAGAGGAGCUGGUUUUAGAGAAUGCAGGUCUCAGAAGUGAUUUCGCGCAGAAGCUAGCCAACGCUCUGACCUGCAACCCUGCCUCUGCACUUCACACCCUCAACRUCACAAACAACUCCCUGGAGGACAAGGGCGUAUCUGCUCUCAGUGCACAGCUAGCCAAACUCCCAAUGGGUCUCAAGCAUUUGAACCUUUCAAAGACCUCCAUAUCGCAAAAGGGGGUUAACAGUCUUGCCCAGGGGCUGAGUGCCAACCCUGCUGUCCCCACUACCCUCACACACCUGGACCUCUGUGGGAACUCACUCCGAGGAGACGACCUCUCAAAUCUGUACAAUUUCCUGGGUCAACAUAACAGUCUAGUAACUCUGGAUCUGUCCAGCAGUGACUGCUGUCUGGACCAAGUCUGCACUUCACUUCUACGAGGUUCUCUCAGGCACCUCUCAGUGCUCAACAUGUCGAAGAGUGUUUUCUCUCACAGGAGAAGUAAAGAUGUCCCGCAUUCCUUCAAGCAGUUCUUUGGCACUGCACUGGCGCUGAGCAGUGUCAACCUGUCUGGAACCAAGCUCCCCCUGGAGGCACUCAAAGCACUUUUACUAGGGCUUGGCUGCAAUCCUAAUCUCAGUGAAGUAUCACUGGAUCUCAGCAGCUCUGAGCUAAGAUCUGGAGGCUCUCAGAUUCUGGAGGGCUGCAUAGCUGAGAUUCCCAACAUCUCCAGCCUGGACAUCUCAGACAACGGUUUGGAUUCAGACCUGACCACUCUCUUGGUGUGGCUGGCCAAAAAUCGCUCCAUCCGCCACCUCUCACUGGGCAAGAACUUCAAUAACAUUAAGUCCAAAAAUUUGUCUCAAGUCCUGGACAACCUGGUGCACAUGAUACAGGAGGAGGAAUCGCCCCUGACGUCCCUCUCCCUGGCUGACUCCAAGCUGAAGGGAGAUCUGUCCAUCGUGCUGAACGCUCUGGGCAGCAACACCAGCCUGAGCCGGGUGGACAUCAGUGGCAACGGCAUGGGAGACAUGGGGGCCAAGAUGCUGGCCAAGGCCCUACAGAUCAACACCAAGCUCCGGACAGUUAUGUGGGACAAAAACAAUGUCAGCCUACAAGGCCUCCAGGAUGUGGCAGCUGCGUUAGAAAAGAACCACACCAUUCGCUUCAUGCCUAUCCCCAUCAUCGAUGCUGCCCAGGCCCUCAAGGCCAGCCCUGAGAAAACAGAGGACGCCCUACUAAAGAUGGAGCAGUAUCUCCUAAGGAACCACGAGACUCGAAAAUACCUCCAAGAGCAAGCUUACCGGCUCCAGCAAGGCAUUGUCACGACAACGACACAACAGAUGAUGGACAUGAUCUGUGUAAAGGUGCAGGACCACCUGAACUCUCUGAGYUAUACAGAGACCGACGUUGUCCAGGAGGACAUGAAGGUGGCCAAGAACCUCAUGAAGGACGCCAGGAACUCCAAAAGACUGCUGCCCAACCUGUACCACGUGAGGGGAUCUCCUGGUAGCAUGGGCGGCCCCCCUGACAUGGGUGGCCCCAUUCAGGACAAGCUAGAGUCCAUGGCAGGAGAGAUGGCCAGGGUCAUGGAUGGGCAGCUACAGACAUUGUUGCAGUCUAUGGUUGACACCGCUGAGGGCCUCUGUCCCCAUGUGAUGAAGAGGAGCAACCUGCACCAGGAGCUGAUGAAGGCCGGUGCAGGCAGAAUGACCGUCCCACAUAGCUUCAUCACCACCACACUACUGGAACAGUCAGGAGUCGACAUCAUCAACAAGAUCAGUGAAGUGAAGCUCAGUAUGGCGUCCUUCCUCUCAGACCGUAUCGUAGAUGAGAUCUUGGAAUCCCUGUCCCGUUCCCAAAACACUCUGGCAGAACACCUGACCAGAAAACCUCAACCUCUUAUCCACCAGGAGCCCAACAAGAUGGAGGUGCUGGAGGAGACGGUCCUCCAGCCUGAGGCCCAGACCCAGGAGCAGAGUCCUCACCAUGCUGAGAGGCUGGAGGUGAUGGAUACCUAUGUGUCCAAGAGGAAGAGCAUUCUCUGCAGGAUGCUGCGGCCUGUAUCUGUGGCCUUUGGUGAGUUUAUGUUCUACAUCCCAGAAAUGGAGUUUGACUUGGACAAGGCCCUGGAAGAAGUGCCUAUAUAUGAGGAGGAUCUGCCCCCUCCUCCCCCAUUGGACAAGAAGCCGACGUACUUUGGCGAGCUGCCCACUAUGGAGGCCCGGAAGCUAGAGCACCACACCAAGCUCCGCCCCAAACCGAAAAAGAGGACCAAACCUAGCCGAGCACCACGGGAACCAAUCUGCACCUCUCCACCACCAGAAGUGGAGCAGAAUAACCUCCUGGGAAAAGUGGAUGAGGGUGUUGAUGAAUUCUUCUACAAGAAAAUCACCAAACUUAGUUUUAAACGAGCCUCCCUGAGGGGCUCCUCCAACAUCCAGGAGGGGUCGGAGAAGAAACGGGAAUCCCGGAAAAGCGGCUUCCUUAACCUCAUCAAGUCUCGCACCUCGAAGUCCGAGAAGAGCCAUGGAACAGCUGCCACCAUCACCCCGUCUUCUGCGACUGUCAGCACUGUGACAGAGGGGCCCUUGUCCCCCAAGGCUCCGUUGUGGGACCACUCUGAAAUCUCCCCUGACCACUCACAAAAGCUGCCAACCCCUGAACCCACUGAGGAACAGCACUCCGAGAGUGAAAGUAAGGGUAGUCCUCAUGGUGGCCGGCACUUUGGGGUCCCCAUAAUGGGAAUGGACCUCCUGGCGGAGAUGAGAAAAAUGCAUGAGAAAAUAGUCGCUCAUAAGUCUGACUCUUCAGACAAGGCAGAUGAUAAACAAGGAAAGCCAAAGGGUCCAGCAUCGUUGAUAGACUUGUCGUCGAAAGCGCCCAGGUCUAAACCCACCAGUGUUACACCCAGACCCCCAGCACCCCAGAGCAUCAAGCCCCACAUGGGACCACACACUUUGGGACCCCUGAGCCCUCGCGCCAGCAGCAGCCACAGCCCAGAUGACACCCCUGACUCCUGUCUAGGAAAUGUAUCCCCAAAAGGACCACUGCCCGCCCCUCGCCUGAAGAGAGCGCCCUCAGACUAUGAGAGGGAGGAGGAGAGUAGCCACAUUAAUGUUGAACUCACAGGAGACUCRAGCCCAUUUGACUUGGACCAAGAGAUGGACAGGUCUGCUAUUGGUGGGAGACAGUGGUCCUCCCUGAAGCGCUCCACUUCUGUGGUACAGGAAGUAGAAGGUCGAGAACGCACCAAGUCCCUCCCUGCAUCUGUGAGACCUUCAUCUAUGGUGGACCUUGUCCACUGCCAAAGCCCUGGGGUGUUUGAAAAAGACAACACCGAAGAGGACUUCCCUCCUACCCCUGARACGGACCAAAAACAGGAUCUCAGGCCUGACAACGUGGAGGAGGACACCAUGACGACAUCCCAGUGUAGAAAGAAAAGCUACAUCUAGAUUCUCUCUACUUUCUCCAAAGUGUUCCAUGUAGUGUCCAAGUGUGGAGAAUUGUAAUGCAGCCAAAGAGCAAAGAACAAAAAAAAGCUUAUGGACAAAACCAUGCCAAUACCUUACUCUGAAUUAUCUUACUCUAAACAAAGACCGUUGKUUGGCUUAUUCAAUCAACCAAUAAGCACUGCUGUGUUCCUAUGUCUAAUUUGCAUGUUAUGUAUUUAUGUAUUAACACACUGAAAGAGACAUGGAUGUGUUGAAAAGUAUGUGGACACCUGCUCAAUGAAACAUCUCAUUCCAAAAUCAUGGGCAUUAAUAUGGAGUUGGUCAUCCCU